GGCAAAGAUGAAGAAGUGGGUGAGCUCAGACUCGGGGGAGACUGAAGAUUCUCCCCAAGAGGCCACCUGCUCUGAACCCCCUGAUGGUGACCCUAACUCCAAGCCACCGCCAGCCAAGCCCCAGCUCUUCACAGCCAGGAGUCGGCCCCGGCUCUUUGGAAAGGGUGAUUCAGAGGAGGUCUCCCAUAUGGAUUGCUCGCAUGAGGAAGCUGAGCUCGCUUCCUGCCCAGCCAUCACCGUCAGUCCUGCUGUCGCCCAGAGGCCUGGGGAUGGCCCCACCUGUGCCAGGCAGCUCUCCCAGGACUCUAUCACCCCCGACAUGGAGAAGAUCCUCUAUGACCGCAGGAGGAUCUUUGAGGCGGUGGCUCAGAAUAACUGUGAGGAGCUGGCGAGCCUGCUGCUUUUCCUGCAGAAGAGCAAGAAGCAUCUCAUGGACAGCGAGUUCAAAGACCCAGAGACAGGGAAGACGUGCCUGCUGAAAGCCAUGCUCAACCUGCACGACGGCCACAAUGACACCAUCCCCCUGCUCCUGGAGAUCGCACGACAGACCAACAGCCUGAACGAGCUGGUCAACGCCAGCUACACGGACAGCUACUACAGGGGCCAGACAGCACUUCACAUUGCCAUCGAGAGGCGGAACAUGACAUUGGUGACCCUCCUGGUGGAGAACGGGGCGGAUGUUCAGGCAGCUGCCAAUGGAGACUUCUUUAAGAAAACCAAAGGACGGCCUGGCUUCUACUUUGGUGAGCUGCCUCUCUCCCUGGCUGCGUGCACCAACCAGCUGGGCAUCGUAAAGUUCUUGCUGCAGAACUCCUGGCAGCCGGCUGACAUCUGCGCUCGGGACUCGGUAGGCAACACGGUGCUACACGCGCUGGUGGAGGUGGCCGACAACACGGCUGACAACACCAAGUUCGUGACGAGCAUGUACAACGAGAUCCUCAUCCUGGGGGCCAAGCUCCAUCCGACGCUGAAGCUGGAGGAGCUCGUCAACAAGAAGGGGCUGACGCCACUGGCUCUGGCCGCCAGCAGUGGGAAGAUCGGGGUCUUGGCCUACAUUCUCCAGCGGGAGAUCCACGAGCCCGAGUGCAGGCAUUUGUCAAGGAAGUUCACAGAGUGGGCUUAUGGCCCCGUGCACUCCUCGCUCUAUGACCUGUCUUGCAUCGACACCUGUGAUAAGAACUCGGUGUUGGAGGUGAUCGCCUACAGCAGCAGUGAAACCCCUAAUCGCCACGACAUGCUCUUGGUGGAGCCCUUGAACCGACUUCUGCAGGACAAGUGGGACAGAUUUGUCAAGCGAAUCUUCUACUUCAACUUCUUCAUCUACUGCCUGUAUAUGAUCAUCUUCACCAUGGCCGCCUACCACAGGCCUGUGGAUGGUUUGCCUCCGUUUAAGCUGGAAGACAUUGGAGACUAUUUCCGAGUCAUUGGAGAGAUUCUGUCUGUGUUAGGGGGAGUCUACUUUUUCUUCCGAGGGAUCCAGUAUUUCCUGCAGAGGCGGCCUUCGAUGAAGACCUUGUUUGUGGACAGCUACAGUGAGAUACUUUUUUUUUUGCAGUCUGUGUUCAUGCUGGCAACUGUGAUGCUCUACUUCAGUCACUACAAGGAAUAUGUGGCCUCCAUGGUGUUCUCCUUGGCUUUGGGUUGGGCCAACAUGUUGUACUACACCCGAGGCUUCCAGCAAAUGGGCAUCUAUGCUGUCAUGAUUGAGAAGAUGAUCUUGAGAGACCUGUGCCGAUUCAUGUUUGUCUACCUGGUUUUCUUGUUUGGAUUUUCCACAGCGGUGGUGACCCUGAUCGAGGACGGGAAGAAUGACUCUGCGCUGUCUGAGUCCACACCACACCGGUGGCGGUGCCCUGGCUGCCGGCCUUCCCACAGCACCUACAACACCCUCUACUCCACAUGUCUGGAGCUGUUCAAGUUCACCAUCGGCAUGGGUGACCUGGAGUUCACGGAGAACUACGAAUUCAAGUCUGUCUUCAUCAUCCUGUUGCUGGCCUAUGUGAUUCUCACCUACAUCCUGCUGCUCAACAUGCUCAUUGCCCUCAUGGGAGAGACGGUCAACAAGAUCUCUCAAGAAAGCAAGAACAUCUGGAAGUUGCAGAGAGCCAUCACUAUCCUGGACACCGAGAAGAGCUUCCUUAAAUGCAUGAGGAAGGCAUUUCGCUCAGGCAAGCUUCUUCAGGUGGGCUACACACCUGAUGGCAAGGAUGACUACAGAUGGUGCUUCAGGGUGGAUGAGGUGAACUGGACCACCUGGAACACCAAUGUGGGCAUCAUCAAUGAAGACCCGGGGAACUGUAAAGGCAUCAAGCGGACCCUAAGCUUCUCCCUGCGGCCACACAGAGUUUCAGGGAGAAACUGGAAGAACUUUGCCCUGGUUCCCCUUUUAAGGGAUGUAAGUACUCGAGAAAAGCCUGCCACCCAGCCUGAGGAGGUCCACCUGAGGCACUUUGCCGGCUCCCUUAAGCCAGAAGAUGCUGAGGUCUUCAGAGAUUCUACUGCUUUCAGGGAGAAAUAA